AUCACUUUUCACAUGACCAAUGGUCACUCGUCAUAGCGUAAUUUUCAUCUAUUUUUUCACAAUUUUGGACUGAAAACUUACUUUUUAGUUCGUAAGCGUUCAAUACUGUAGUUUAUCCGAAAUGGCGUGCAGCCGUCUAGUGUUCGUCACGUUAGUUUUAAGCGUAGUGAGCAGUUUUGCCGUGAAAGUGCCUGUAUUCCUGUGGAAAAAUGAUAANUAUGGAAAGAUAAAAACGAAGUCCAUCAAAUCCAACCCUCUCAGAGAUGUUUCUAGCCAUAAAUUCGACAGCAUUGUCAAGAAUGAGCUUCAGGACAACCCGUUCAUGGUAGUAUUCAUCGAGGAGACUCUGUCUGUUGAAGAUUUUUCGCGUAAAAACGACGAGGGCGAGACCUCUUUUCCGUACUUGGAAUCAAAGAUCGGAGACGCGACUUACCUGCCAUCAGUCGAAAAUCCCUUGAAGGUUUUGAACAAGGCAUCCAUUCCUGAAGAGACUGACCAUGUCAAAUUGACUGAGAAUGGUUUAUCCGCUGACAUUUCAGGUGAAAACGACAAGUUUUUGUUCAUCAACUUGAAAGAUGCUAAAGAAAAUGAGCCCAGAGAUGUGUUGCUCCGCAGGCACAAUGACUUCAUCGAAGACAUGGUCUCGAAGCUGCAGAAGCGUUACAACUCGGUCGUGGCCGUGUACACCGCUCACUACCCAUCGUGGACCACUACUCAUUCUCGUGUCCGUCGCCAGGCUACCAACGAAACUGAGGUCCACGGACACGACUACACUUUGAACGGUCUCCGUCUGUACGUGCAAGCGAUUGAAUUCGGAGCUAAAAACACAACCGGCAGUCUGAGCGAUUUGGUCAGCAAUUCGUCUACCUUCAACACAACUGAGUUGAGCACUACAAUGGAGUUCAAGGAGGCUACGUUGACUUUAAGCUUCAGGAUGCAGGGUGGCUAUUGGUUCUUUGAGACUGUGACCUUCUCACAAGACGGCUCGGAGCACGAGUUGACGGCCACCAGCGAAGUGUAUGCUCUUGAUGGAUUCUCAUACCGCUGCGGGGACCGUAUCACCUUUGCGUCUACCAAUCAGACCGAAUACAACGUCACCUUCAUCGACAUGAAGGUCCAACCCUUCUUCAAGACCCUGAAUGCAUCGGCGAUGGAAUUCGGCGAUGCUUUCAACUGCGUUGGUUUCUUCUCCGUACCCAUCUGGUCUGGUCUCUUCGUAGUCUUCAUCCUUCUCUCCAUCACCUUCUACGGAAUCAUGAUGAUGAUGGACAUCAGAACCAUGGACCGGUUUGAUGACCCUAAGGGCAAGACCAUCACAAUCAACGCCUCUGAAUAAGAACGUAGAACUACUACAAGUCUGCUCGACUGUAACAUGAAAUCGAUUUUCAUCGGUGAGUUCAGUCCAGCGUCUGUAGACUCAGUCAGUAGAAAUGGUCAACCGCUAUUUAUUUUACAUUAAAUCUGACCGUUUUGACACUGAAUCGUAUGAGUCACAUAUUUAUUUCGAAGAAUGAAAGUUUUCAAAAUUGUAACGUCACUCGCUGUGAAAUAAGUAAUGUACGGUGAAUUCAAAUCUUUUUUAAAAUAAAUAUGUGACUCAUCAAGUAUGUAUAUUAGAAUAGUCUUACCCUAAAUUGGUAUCUAUAAUUCUGGAUUACGAAGAAUUAGUAAAAAUAACAACCGAGUGUUCACGAUCAACGUAGACUUGCAAAAUGGUCACCAUCGGAUUGAAACAUUGUAAGAGCUCAAAUAAUUCCAAAUAUACUUCGUUUAAAUGUAAUAUUAUAUACAAUUGAGUAUUGUAAUAGAUGUAUAAUAAAAUGGUGCCUGAUUUCACUAUUACAUAGACAAUAUCUUGUUAAAUUUGUUAAGUGUGCACAGUAGGCGAGCUUAGCCGGGCUAAAUAUAUAGAAUAAUAUAUAACGUUAAAUGUAUGGUCAAAUUGUAACUAUGAUAUGCUAGGAUGACCGAUUUUCUUGAAUAUUGAUUUCGAAUUAAAACUCAGGAUUUGAGCAAAAAAUUAUGGAACGUCUCGAGUCAAAACAACAAAAUGAACACAAAAUAUUUGAUGAAGGUAUUUAUAAAGUGACAACGGCUGACGACUUCGUACGCGUGUGCCCCGUUUUACCCCCUUAGGGGUGGUUUCGUAAAAUCCGUUCUUAGCGGAUGUCUAUACCUUAUAAGGAACCUACCUGACUAAUUUCAAGUUUGUAGGUAUUCGUUUCUGAGAUUUCGUGAUAAAUCAGUGAGUGGUGAUUAUGAGAUUCAGAAUACCUAAAAUACAAUUUCAAUAUUCAAGAAAUCGGUAUAAUAAGUAUAUUUUUGAAUUUAAAUGCUGUUGCUAUUGUAUAAUGUGCUUGUAGAAUUGAGAAAUAGUUACUACCGAAUAUGUGCCUACAUAAAGAUUUGUGGGUUAAAUGUAUUUAUAAAAACUUGGGAAGUGCAUACAUGUUUCUAUACGAUUGAAAAUGAAUAAAGAUGCAAUUUCGUUUACGCGAUAAACGCGGCGUUUGUAAAGACAGUUUGCACUUUCUUUAAGUUCGUUUAGGACGCUUCAAUAUAAUUCAUGGGCCUUAUUCAAGUCUGAUUAAUACAGAUUUUAUUUCAUAAAUAACAACGAUUCCAAUAAUACAGAGCUUCGUGUUAAAUCGCGUAGUUUUAAAAAAUGAUUAAUAAAAUAAUGGAAAUGAGAGUCCCUCCAUUUUAGUGCCAAUUUCAUAAUGUAGGUCAUUCCAGAAGGUCGG